AUGUCGCGCCCGCCGCCGCACCAGCGACACAGAAUCAUACUUCACCAAGGCAACGAGUGGAAGUCAUGGCAGGAGUUGACCGUCAAGGUGAUUCGGCUUCCCAGUUCUAUCACAACGAGGGAGCUUCAUAAACACUUCCAAAACGAGGGUGAGGUCACCAAGAUUGAAAUCAAAGGCUCCGGUGUUUUCUCAACUAUCGCCUUUAUUACCUACAGCCCGCCACCAUUCAGGUCGUUUUGGAAUACCAGCUAUCGUAUCUCUGGCUCCACGCCUAGCACUACUGUGGAAGUUCCUAUCGAGCUCCUUCCACGGCAACGCAUCUUCACCGUCCAGAGCCCAGUCGAUCCCGCACAGGUGUAUCCUGAGAGCAUGAGGAUACCAACUGAAUCAAUCGGCUUCGGAUUCAUGCAUAGCGAGACCUCGAUGAUGGUCAUGCACCGAGUAUCCCCAGAGGGAAAACUGCCGAUGACGUUAACAGUCAAUCUACAACGCCGUGAGGUCGAAGUUCGUUUCUCAAUGAAUAUGUUCGAUGAACAAAGGAAAGCAUAUGUCCUCGACCAAUUUCGGUUCCGUGUCAAGUUUUCCCAGAUAAAGGGCAUCCACGAACGUCACGAUGGUGGAUGCAACAAGCAAGUAUGGGUUAUCCUAACUGACAGUCCUCCAUGGUUUUACAAGAAACUCCGGAACACCGGGCCAACACACAUGGAUACCGAGCGGACAUGGAGAGAAUGGCAGGCUUGGUAUCGCCAGACAGAUAUCACCCACUCUCGGCAACCCCUCAAAAACUCUCCAGUCGGUCUCAAGAAAGCCAACCCUGUGAUCGACAUAGGAAGGUGGAUGGCGUACCGCUUCGAGUUCGACAUGAAUAGCCCCAGUACGGCGCAAUACAAGAAAAUGCAAAAGGCCUUGAUGGACUACAACAUAAAUAUACUGCCUGACAGUAUUGUCCAGAUCAUUGACAAGCAAAAGCCUCAUUUAUGGGAUAUGAUUGACUUGAAACAGCAUGAAUCGGGCUCUGCGCUUGCUACACUUACUAACGCCUAUGAUAGCCAUAUUCCACUCAGCUUUGCUCUCCGAUAUCAGCUUGAGGUUUGUAUCUCACACGGCUACCUCAACGAACACAACAUAACCAGGCAAUUCCUCGAGCGGUUAGUGUCAAUGGAGCAGACAACGGCAAGGAAUCUCUUGGAAAGAGUUGCAGACUUGAAACGCCGUAUUUUCAAUCCCAUGGAUGUCUUUAAGCUCAGUAUCAGCCAGAAACCCACGGACAAGUCGAUACUAAAGUACUGCGUCUACGCACGUUCCGCCAACGUCACACCCUCCAUGGUCUACUAUGCUACUCCAAAUAUCGAGGUUUCCAAUCGUAUUGUCCGCCAGUAUUCCAGUCAUGAAGAUCGUUUCCUUCGUGUGAAGUUCACUGAAGAGAAAAACGAAGGAAGAAUCAACAGCACGGAUAGUGAUAUGGACAAUGAGAUCUUUACCCGAGUCUGGCGUACGCUACGCAACGGCAUUACCAUUGGCGAUCGGCAUUACGAGUUUCUAGCCUUUGGAAACUCCCAGUUCCGUGAACACGGCGCCUACUUCUUCGCUCCAACAAAAGAGCUCACAGCAGCAGAUAUUCGCUACAAGAUGGGCGAUUUCCAUCACAUCAACCAAGUGGCAUUGUAUGCCGCACGUCUAGGACAGUGUUUAUCGACUACUCGUGCUGUACAAUGUGUCAGUGUCAAAGUCACUGGAAUACCGGAUAUCGAACGGGAUGGCUACAACUUUACUGAUGGUGUUGGAAAGAUAUCUCGGUUUCUUUCGCAGAUUAUUGGAGAAGAAUUUUCUGAGCCUAAUGCCGUGGAAGACCCACCUUCUCUAUUCCAGUUUCGUCUGGGUGGGUGCAAAGGAGUACUCGCAGUAUCCCCGGAGCUCAAGGAACGAGAAAUACACGUUCGUUGGUCCCAACGGAAAUUUGAUGCGAUAAAGGAGGGUCUCGAAAUCAUCCGCAUCUCAAAACUGGCAACAGCUAUGUUGAAUCGGCAGAUUAUUAUCGUCCUGGAUGCACUCGGGGUUCCUAACCAUGUUUUCAUCGCGAGGCUCCAGGAAGAUAUGGCUGAAUUGAACGCUGCCAUGUGGUCGGAAAACAUUGCUCUUCGCUCAUUGCAAGAGACUAUUGACUUCAACCAGAUGACAUUGGCUAUGGCAAGCAUGAUACUAGACGGAUUCAUGGCCUCUAAAGAACCAUUUAUGAUGUCAAUCCUACGACUAUGGCGUACUUGGCGUGUCAAGUCUCUCAAAGAGAAGGCCAGGAUACGCAUUAAAGACGGAGCCUUCCUCCUUGGCUGUGUUGACGAGACUGCGACACUACGUGGCCAUUUCAUCGACUAUGUGGCAGAUACCGACAAUCCUUUGCCUGACCAAAUGGAAAAUCUCCCAGAGAUCUUCGUGCGGGUUUCGGAACCGGAAAACCAAGGAUCAUACCAAGUCAUUGAAGGCAUCUGCGUAGUUGCACGCAAUCCUUCGCUCCAUGCUGGCGACAUUCGGGUUGUCCGGGCAGUUGAUGUGCCUGCACUUCAUCAUUUAAAGAACGUGAUCGUUUUUCCUCAAACAGGGGACCGGGAUAUCCCAAACAUGUGUUCCGGCGGGGACCUUGACGGUGACGAUUACCUUGUGAUGUGGGACAAGGACCUCAUACCCAGGGAGGUAAACCACCCCGCUAUGAACUUUUCUCCGCCUCCGAAAAUUGAAGUCGAGGGCGAACCCACCGCCGAGGACAUAAGCAAGUUCUUCGUCGAGUACAUCAAAAAUGAUAGUCUGGGCCGCAUUGCUAGUGCACACUUAGUAUUUGCUGACUAUGAAGAUGAAGGAGUGAAGAGUGAGAAGUGUGUGAGCUUAGCAAAACUACACUCCCUGGCAGUAGACUAUCCCAAGUCCGGAGUGCCUGCUAAAAUGUCUCACGAGCUAAAACCGAAGAUGUAUCCCCACUUUAUGCCUAGGAAAGGCAGGCCCAGGCCGAAGGAUCGGGUUUACAAAUCAAAGAAAAUUCUAGGACAGCUCUACGAUCAGGUGGACCGGGUGGACUUCAUGCCACAAUACGAGCUCUCAUUUGAUGCUCGCAUCCUAGAUGCCUACUCGCUGAGAGAAGACACACUUACUAAGGCUUCCAAGCUCAAGGAAGCAUAUGAUGCUGCCCUUCGUAGAAUUAUGGCCCAACAUGGAAUUCUUACGGAGUUCGAAGUCUGGACGACUUUUGUUCUCGAGCACAACAAUGAGACAAGAGAUUACCAAAUGGCAGAAGAGUUUGGCCGCAUCUCCCUUGCUCUCAAACAACGCUUUCAAGAUCUCUGUUAUGAGGAAGCUGGCGGAAGGAGCCACGAGAUUCUAGGUCCGUUCGUUGCAGCCAUGUACACGGUGACCGCUCGCCAGAUGCAGACCGCUAUCCAAGAAUACCAGGCAACCAAAUCGGGCAGAGCACCUCAACUCCUGAGCAGGGAGAUGGACUUUAGGGUAAUGCCUCUGAUGAGCUUUCCCUGGAUCUUCCGUGAAGAGUUGGGACAUAUUGCUAAUGCCAAGAACGGGGAGAGAGCUGGUCUGGAAAUCGUCGAAAACGAACCACAACGCCGCAUUCGUGCAAAAAAACCAGUUGCAUCCAAGCUCCAAGAUGGAUACAAUUUCCAUGACGGAGACAAGCUGAAAAACUCCCCCCAAGCAGAACAAAGUAUUAUGAGAACGGCAAAGAAGGCCGGUGUGGUUGAUGGACUUACCCAUGAUAGCAUUCAGCCAGGGAAUGCUACAAACGACAACAUCAGAGAUGGUGGUUUGGCUGUGGAACAGGAGAAAGGUCAAGAAGCAAAAGCCGCCCAAGAUGACCCACUCUCUCUAGCCACAGAAAUUGGCCACGAUAGCCACGGCUCGACUGAUGUUGGAUUCCUUACGCCUCUUGGCACCUCGGGCAUAAAUAGUCCUUUUUCACCUAACAAAGCUCUUAGCAGAGCAGACAGCAGAAGCGACAUGAGCGGAGAUUUGAACGACAUAACCCACAGGCUGAGCAGCUUCUCCAUGACUGCCAACAGUCUUAAAAGUGCUGGCAAGAUUGUAGACUCCUGUGGUAAUGAGAAACACAACGCGGCUCUUAAUUCCCAUCUUUCCUCUGACCCGACGCUUGACAAACGCGAAGAAAGCAGGGAAUACGAGGCUGAAGAGGUUGUCAUAGAGCCUGAGGCACAGACUGCCUUGGACAUGCUUGCAGGCAUCCUCAACAAGUAA